CGACUUCCCCGAAACUCCCUCGUCUCAGUCUGCAAUGCUCGAACAAGCUCUGGGCCCGCGCCCGAGAGUGGGGUUACUCUGACUUGGGUGAGACGAUAGGUUGCGAUCGCCGACCGUGCAUUGGUCGCUCGUAAGGCUGAUACUGUAUGCCUGGCGACGACGCACUUACUGGGUCCGCUAUAUUGAAGUUUCACCAUGUUUGAGUAGUGUUAUCAUCUUCUUGGCUCGAGCUGGUCUCGACAUGUCAGGCAACCCUUUCCGCCGUUCGCAAGGGAGCAGGCUUCCUGACGAUGCGGCGCAUGCGGACGCGGUGACGGCCAAUCACAUCGCAAAUGCCAACACCAAGCCGAAAAAGAAGAAGCGAGUUGUAAUUCAGACGCCGCCACAUUCUCCCGAAGAGCCCAGCAUUCCACGGAGGCUGUCGGACGGAAGGACCGGAUCACCUCCACCACCAGUUAUUGUUCGCGACGACCACGAGACAGACUCGACGACAACGGCCGAUUCAGACCUAGAGCAAGCGCUCGUCAACACCAGACGCAACUCUGGCGGAUCAGCUAUCCCAACGCUGGCGGCAUUUGGCGGCCAGUCCGGACCACGAGCGCCGUACAAUCCAUUUGCGAAGACCCUUGCGACGUCAGAGGCGAAGUACAGCAGCACUCAACCAGAAGAGAAGGGAGCAGAUCGCACUAUCAAUGGAGAUGGUUCAGAUGGAAGAAGCGCGGGACGGCCGAUGUUGGAUGUAGAUGCGUUCACGCAGAUACUUCUGAAAGGGAAGGCGCCACCGCCUCAUCCAACCUCAGAUCCCGUAAAUAGAGCGCCGGACAACAACAGCAGUACCGACACAUCAACGUCAUCCAGGCAGUCCACCUUCGAUUCGAUGGACGAAUUCCAUCCCGAGUCUCCAAGGACAUCAAUCGAUGAACACCCAGACCCGGAUGAAGAGCAGCAUGCCGACGAUGAGCACUCCAGCCUGAUGGGUCCUGUUUCGUCCCGGCCUGUCGAGGAAGGACCACCAGCGCCACCCAAACAUAAGCAUGGCAGGGCGUAUCCACAAACGGUAUCCUUCGCGGACUUUGACGACUCAAUACCCGCCACAGGCAUGCCUGCAAGAUUACAAACACCUCCUAUUUCAUCAGCAAGUAGACCAACCACACCGAGGUCGCCAAGUGAUCUUAACAAGCCACUGCCGCCGCCGCCUGAGGAAAGGUCAAGCGUGGAUGGGAUAAUGCGCCCAUCGUCAUCAACAGAAGCGCGUGGGACGACCGUACGGUCAGGAUCAAGCUCGGCCGUGGAUGAAGGUUUGCAGAUCAAGAAGGCGCCUCCACCUCCACCCACGACUCGGAGACGGGGUCACGCGGGCUCUACGCAUGGGCGAGGGAGAAGCAGCUCUGAGGUCUCCUCGACCUCCGUUCAGACAUCCGUAGAAACAGAGCAGAGGUCAAAGGCUCCUCCAGCGCCACCACCAUCCAGAAGGCUCCCAACAUCAUCCGACUCAACUUCUCCGGCAUUUGAUACGCAGCCAAGCAUGCCGCCACCGCAAGCAACACAAGCUGCUCAAGGGCAAAUGCCGCCUCCACCACCGUCACGUAGGGAUUCAACGAGGACUGGCUCUUUACAGAACCCUACAGCAACGCUUGCGCCAAGCGAGAGUUUAGCACCGAGGGUCAAUGAGAGGUCGAGCCCUACAGCCACGGCCAACAGUAAUGCUCCGCCAGCCCCGCCACCCAGGAGAGGUGGAGGUAGCGCCUCAAAGCGCGAGAGCAUAGACGGUCCGCUAUCAGUCCGACGUUCUAGCGUCGCUAGUUCCUUACGGAGAACGAGCGGGCAAAGCAUUGAGAGCGGCCACUCAGUGCCCCAUGUACCUACCACAGAUGUGUCCGCAGUGCAGCAUGAUGCUGCAAACGGAAUGAGUUCUAUAUCUGAUGAGGCAACGGAAAGGAACGUGUUAGCAGAUCUUGACGCUUUUCAGGCCGAGAUCGAUGCUCUUCGAGCUCAAGCUGCCCGCAACGGCUGAGGCGCCUCUUCAAUAAGCGGAGACGGAUUUGCCAUCAAUGAUGGCAUAAGCGGACAUCUAUCAUCCCGCAGACUUGCUGAUAAUCUGAGGAGGUGACACCCGCGACCAACCGGACUGCUUGCAUCAGCCGCAUGUUAAAUGUUCUGCGAGCCAUGAGCACUGCAAAUACGAAACGUUCAUAGCCGACCUUCCAGCGGAGCAGCUUUCUAGGCGGAAACUGCGUAAAGUGCAGGCUAGUGCCCGGCAAAUGCACCAGCUUCUGGCGUGCAGAUUACUGCUAGGCGAACUUGCCGUAUUGCUUGCCGGUGCCCAUACGUUCCGCGAAUCUGGAUCUGGUGGCGCUCGCUUGAUGGUCGCCGGAUGAAUAGGGCUAACCAUUUGCGGGGGCGGCCGUGGAGGAUCGCGGGGCAGCCAGGGCGGUGACUGGUAGAUGUUGCCAUGCGAUUGCAUGGAUACGCAUCGAGGCAGCAUGGCAGGAUUGGCUU